ACUGCGGAGGUAUAUUAAGCAGUCCAGGGCUGUUUGUAAUUACAGCUUUCUUACUUUUUACCGUGAAGGCAUUUUUAAACAGUCUGACUGUUUCGGCGCUACCUGCAACGGAAAAUCUGACUUAGGCUUAACGAAGACAGUAGACCGACAUUAAGUUAUGAACAGGCUCUAGAAGCAGACUGUUAGCUAGUUUUUAUAAGUUGUUAUCUGCGUAAACCCAGUCGUAUCGUGUUCCAGCGACCUUAGCCCCACUGGAGUCCACAGCUGUGGACCGCCCUGGCAGGAUGUUUCCACUGGACUCCCCGUGGAACAUCUCUUUCGCAGGCUGCGGCUUCCUUGGUAUCUACCACAUUGGUGUGGCUAGCUGCCUGCAGGAGCAGGCUCCCUUUCUGGUCCAGAACGCCCGGCACAUAUACGGUGCAUCUGCUGGAGCUCUCACCGCCACUGCUCUGGUCACUGGAGUAUGUCUCGGAGAGGCUGGUGCAAGCAUCAUUGAGGUUGCCAAAGACGCAAGAAAGCGGUUCCUCGGGCCGAUGCAUCCUUCCUUUAACCUGGUGAAGAUCGUGCGACACAUGCUGCGAGGCACUCUGCCAGCUGAUUGCCACAUUCGAGCCAGUGGGAGGCUGGGAAUCUCUCUCACCCGAGUUACAGAUGGAGAAAACGUCCUGGUGACCCAGUUCAACAACAAGGAGGAAGUGGUGCAGGCGUGUGUCUGCAGUGCCUACAUCCCAGUGUACUGUGGCAUCAUUCCUCCCACACUGCAAGGAGUACGAUACGUUGAUGGAGGAAUCUCAGACAACCUCCCUCAGUACGAGCUAAAAAACACCAUCACCGUGUCCCCGUUCUCAGGAGAGAGCGACAUCUGCCCCCGAGACACCUCAACCAACAUGCACGAGCUUCGCUUCACCAACACAAGCAUCAAGUUCACUCUCAAAAACCUCUACAGAGUCUCCAGAGCACUUUUUCCUCCAGAUCCAAUGGUAAUGAAGGCCAUGUGUAAACAGGGAUACACGGAUGCGCUGCAUUUUUUAAAGAGAAAUGGAUUGCUUAAUCUCCACCGAAUUUAUACAGACAGACCACUACUAGCUAACAAAGAAGAAAAUGAGGAAGUCAGUGAAGAGGAGGACGCAAAUAAAAGUGAAGACAAAGAAAAGUCACAGGUGGAAGAGACAGCAUUGGAGGUUUAUGCCUGCGCCUCAUUUGACGAGCAGAUCAUUGAGUACCUUCCUCCUGCUCUGCACAAAGCUCUGGUCGAGGCCUGCAUGGAGAGGAGGAGCCUGGCGCAGUCGCUAAGCAACCUGCUUCCUGUCAGGAUGGCCACAGCCAUGAUGCUUCCCUACACUCUCACCCUGGAGUCUGCUAUGUCCUUGACUCUCAGACUUUUGGAGUGGCUGCCAGAUGUGCAGGAAGAUGUGGUGUGGAUUCAAGAACAGUUAUUGAAAAUCCUACAGUGUUUUCUUCGCCAGACCUCCAGAAGCUUGUCCCGUAGUGUAUCUGCCAGGUUGUUCUGCCAACUGGAGCUGCACCACUACAAGUCCAUCCCAUCCCACUUCAGCUCCCCGAGCCUGUUUCCCACUUGGGUGAACGGGAGGAGCUCUUCAGUCCAGGAUGUCUUCACGCGUCUGGAAAACUACAAGAGGCAGCUGCUUUCAGAUGUGCUCUGUAUCAACAUGGAUCUGCAAGGCUCCUUCAAAACUGGAAUGAUGUCACCAGAUAACAGCUCUGCUACUGACCUUUCCUCUGACCUUUCCUUUGAAGGUCUCACAAUGCACACAGGUUGUCUUAAUCUUCCAAAUGAUGCUAACUCUGGAAACUACCAGUAGCUCCUAAGAGUGCUGAUAGAGAGACAACAUCAAAUCAGAUUUAAAGAUCUGUCUUCUUCCUCGUGUUAAGGUAUUUUUGGCUGAAAGAAGAUAUUUCUAAUAUGAUCGUCCCCAUUUUCUAAUGGUUGGAAAUUUUAAUUGUUUCACAUAUUUACACUUAACUGUGUAUUAAAUGCCUUUGGACCAGUGCAUGACGCUGAACUGAGGUUUUUGCUCAACUAUUGUAAGCCCAUACACAUAUCAUGAUCGUAUGUCUACAGAAGUGCAUUUAAACUUAGCACAUGUGCUCAGUCAUGUACAGACUUGAAUUACAGGAUGCUGGAAACAAAAAAUGUGCACUUGAGGUUGCACGGUUAAAAUAGGUGUGUGUUUAUGUUUUUGGUGGAGUGCUGACCAGUAGUUAAUCAGAGUUUUCCUUCUGUAUCCAGUCAUGAGCUUUAAGUAACUUUUGCUACACAGAGGGCAAAACGACUGAUGAACCAGUCUGUUUAGUACACGUACCUACUCCAUUUAUGUGAUGCAAGUGUCAAUGCAUAGUGUGAAAGACGACACUUUAUGUUUCUUGGUUCGUUUUAAUGGCAAUGCCUUAUGUAUUAACAAUUAUUUAUAUGAAAAAUACAAAAGUGCUUUACUUUUUCCAAAUCACGUAUAUAUUUUUUGAUCAUCUUGAUUUAUUUAGAUGUAAGUUGAAGCUUUUUAUAAAUGAUUUUAAAUAUUUAGCAUUGAAUGUUGACAGAUUUGAUUUGUUGCUACAUGUUUAGUGCAUAUGUAGUAAAUCAAAAAUGUGAUUUUUUUUUUUAUUAAGUCCCAUUAAUCUGACUGUGCCUUUUGUUCGUAGGUUACAACCUACUUGUUAAAAUUCUUCUUGCACUGUGUGCUGCAUCUUUAACUGUGUGAUCUACUCCCAUGCUGUGCCUUAACCUUCAAUGAAAUAAUUGCAAAAUGAGUGCCAAAUGAUGUAAAAAAAAUGUUUCAAAGAAAAAUAUUUAUGUUAUCGUGAAAUAAAGUGAUGAUCAAUAUUUGUGUCUUCAUAUUCCUGUUCUUACAUUAGCCAGUAAACCUGUAGCUGACAAUGAAAAGAAGAAAAACGUAACACAUGCCAGGCAGUGACCAAAUAAUGACUCAGGGAUCGUGGCAGACUUUGAAAAAUACCUCAGUGAAAUGAACAAGGACAAAAUAACACAGCAGGAUACAGUUGGACAGCAACUAAAAGGGUAACAUAAAUAGUGUCCUAACAUGGACAAUGCCAUGUUAGGACAAAAGAAAAGCUGGCACAAUUUCCCUGUUUGCUAGUAGCUAUUGAGAAACUCAAGCUAAUUCACCCCAACAUCAGACUGUGAAGUGCUCAGAGAAACUACAAAAAACUAAGAGCUACAUCUCAGACUAGACAGACCUCAGUUAGCAUGUUAAAUGUUAAAGUUCACGAUAGAACAAUUAAAAAAGACUAAAUAAGUAUGACGUGUUUUCUCAGGAGAAAUGCUCUUCUCUCUAAAAGGAACAUGACAUUUGUAUCUGAAAAAAAAAAGACUUAUAAGACAAUCUCAGAUGAGAUCAGGAGUGGAGUGGUGAUGAUUUGGGUUUGUUUUACAGCCACAGAAUAUGUGCAGCUUACAGUCUAGACUCUGUGACUGUGUCUACAUGGUAAACUGCGAGAGACUGAAAAUGCCAUACAGAAAACAAUUAAUCCAAGUGAUAUAUAUUGUAUCCUCUGGACAGGUAAUAUAUUACAUAUGCACACAAAAUACAUUCUUGUUAGUAUCAAGAAUAUAUAUUUUACUUUCUAUCCCCCGUUUCCAUUAUAUUUGCAUGAAUGUGCAUGACUCUUGAGUUCUUCUUAAGUUACUAACAUAACAUAGCAGUGCAUUCACUUAUUCAGUCACUUUAAUUCUAAAACUGUGUAUAUACUGUAUACUCUGUGUAUUUGUUAACUCAUUCUUAUUGCCUGUUUAUGCCCUGUCCUUAUCUUUAACGCCAUGCUGCUCUGUUGUAUCUUAAUUGCCUCUUGGGGAUAAAUAAAGUCUUUCUGAUUCUGAUUUAAUUUAAAAUAUGUUGUUUUGGUUAGAGGAGUAUUUGAAUAUCCCCCCAUUCUGUUCACAUAUAAUAGCAAAACGUGUCACACAUAAGUCUCAUCACUUCUGGCCUUUUAAGAAAGCUGGUGAACUUGGUAUCAUCCAGUUAUUAGCCAUAACUACCCUUAACUUACACAUGCACAUGCACUGAUAAACACACCACUGUGCAAAACUACAUUCUAUGUGCAAUAACCCAAACAAUACAAAACGCUAUUUAUUUACAUAUUUACUUCUCUCUCUCUCUCUCUCUUUUCUUUUCUUUUCACACCGGAUUGUAUAUUUGUACAUUAUAUCUAAUUGUUUUCGUCUAAAUACUGU